GAGAGAAAGAGAGAGAGAGAGAGAGAGAGAGAGAGAGAGAGAGAGGUAAACGAACGAACUGAACUGCAUUUGCUCACUUUUCCACGCGCUAAGUUUUUCGUUCGUACGUACGCUGUCCGCGCGUGCACACGGCACCUAACGUUAUUUGCAACCGUGCAACCCGUGCGCGCGCGCUUGUGUUUCAUCCGUUCGUAGGAAUUUUCGUAGCGCGCGAGGAAAAAAGCAAACAGCAAAAAAAAAAAAACCCGGAGCCCCCCUCGCGAGCCCCGUGCUACGGGGGGUCCGGACCGCGCCGCGCACGCGCACAGGACCCGUGCAUCCGUCCCCGCCGCUCCGCCGCUGCGCACGGAAAGUUUGAGUUGUGAUCAGAGCGCGGAGAUGAGCUCGAGCCCAGCGGGAUCUACCGGACCCUCCUGACCGACCACCGAACCCCCAACCCCCGACCCCACCACCGGACCGGCUCCUCCAGCACCCCCGGCCCCGGCGGCUCGGUAUGCGGGCCGCAGGGCAGCAGCAGGCGGCGGGCGGGGAGCAGCUGUGGCGCAGUUCGAGCCUCUGAAGCGGAGCAGCGGAUCAGCGGGCAGCGCCGCGCAGCGCGGCCGAGCCCAGAGCGCACCAUGGCGGCCAACAGAGACACGCCGUGCCGCAAGUUCCAGGCCAACAUGUUCAACAAGAGCAAGUGCCAGAACUGCUUCAGACCCAGAGACACACACCUGCUCACCGACGAGGACCUCACACAGGCUAAACCUGUGUAUGGAGGGUGGCUGCUUCUGGCUCCAGAGGGAACCAACUUCGACAACCCACUACACCGCUCCCGGAAAUGGCAGAGGCGGUUCUUCCUCCUGUAUGAACACGGGCUGCUGCGCUACGCUCUGGACGACAUGGCCAGCACUCUCCCUCAGGGUACUAUAAACCUGAAUGUGUGUGUGGAUGUGUUGGACGGAGAAACGGCUACAGGACAGAAGCACUCGCUGUGUAUCAGCACCCCCGAGAGAGAGCACUACAUCCGGGCAGAGAGCAGAGAGGUUAUCAACGGUUGGCAGGAGGCUCUGAUAGUGUUUCCUCGCACCAACAAGCAGAACCAGAAAAAGAAGAGGAAGGUGGAACCGCCCACUCCACAGGUUCCUGACGUGGUGAGGACUCAGUUCUCUCUGGAGAACACUAACGGCUAUACUGAGCCGGGUCCUGCUAAGGUAGCUGUAACGAGCAGCACUAGUUUGGGGUAUCUGAGUGAGGAACGCUGGACCAGACCUCCAAUCACCACCAGCCGCAGCGUCAGCUGCCUCAGCCAGCACUCAGAGGAUUCGGGGUCUGUGAUUGGAGGACGUAAGCCGAGGGUGGAGAGUGGAUACUUCUCUCUGGAGAAAACUAAACCUGAAGAUCAGCAGGAUCAUCAGCAGGAUCAGGAUCCUCCUCCUCAGCAUCUUCCUCUUUCCUCCUCCUCCUCCUCCUCUUCCUCACGGCUGAGGUACAGCACCUCCGACUCCAUGCUCUUCUCCACCGCCGCCGCCUCCGGCUCGCACCACACACACCCCACCAACACACACACACACGGCCCCGCCCACUCAGAGAGGACAGCAGCGGCCCCGGACACACACGGCCCCGCCCACAGACACGCCCCAGGGUCCUCGCUGUCCUCCUCCCAGAGUUCCCUGGACUCGGUGGACGGAGGAGCGGAGGGGCGUGGCUCUGCGCAGGUGGGCGGAGCAGCGGUGAUGGGUGUGGGAGGGUCUACAGUGAGGACGGGGCGAGGUGGGCGGAGUUACGCGGCGCUGGCGGACGUGCCGCGGGCUCGGAGGCUGACCCACCGCGAGGCGUUCCGGUCCGAGAGGAAACGGCAGGAGAUCCGAGAGAGAACCCGGAGCCCCGGCCGAGAGGAGGUGGAGAGACUGUUCGGACAACAGCGCAGGCGUUCUCAGGUGAUUGAGCGGUUCGAGACGCAGCAGUCAGCAGAUGGGUUGGAGCACAUGGACACCACCUGCUCUUCCUCAGAGCUCUCCUCCUCCUCCACCAAACCAACCAAUGAGAGGACAGGACGCAGCGAGCGGCGCCUCCCCGCCCACAAACAGGAUCUGUCACUGGAUGCCAGUACAGCUCGGACUGUGCCAGAUUUCUCCGGGACGACGCUGGCCAGUUACCGGAGGGCGAAGAGUCUCGACCGUAGAGUGACCGAGUCGUCCAUGACGCCUGACCUGCUGAACUUCAAGAAAGGCUGGAUGACCAAACUGUAUGAAGAUGGUCUGUGGAAGAAACAUUGGUUUGUUUUGACGGAUCAGAGUCUGAGAUACUACAGAGACUCCAUCGCUGAGGAGGCUGCAGAUCUGGAUGGAGAGAUCGAUUUAUCUACUUGUUAUGAUGUCACUGAAUAUCCAGUGCAGAGGAACUACGGCUUCCAGAUCCAUAGUAAGGAGGGAUUGUUCACACUCUCUGCUAUGACGUCUGGAAUACGGAGGAACUGGAUUCAGGCCAUAAUGAAGAGUGUGCGUCCCACCAUCACGCCGGACGUCACCCGGAAGAACGUGUCUCUGAAACUGUCGGUUCUGAAGCCCAGUUCUCUUCCAGAUGAACAAGCCAAAGCCAGAGCGUCCCUGGACCUGACACAGACCCCUGAUGUCUCCAGAACUUCACACAGCACUAAGGUUGAAGUUCAGAGGUCAUGUGAGGUCAUAAGUGACUCAGCCCCGCCCACUGAGCAGCGUAAGACCCGAGUCCGGGACCGCAGGCGAGAAGGGCGGUCCAAAACCUUUGACUGGGCGGAGUUUCGCCCUGAAAAGGAGAAGGAAGGGACGUCGAGGGAAAGGACGGAAACAUUAGAUGUAAGCUCCGCCUCCUCUCCCUCCUCCCUCUCCUCGUCCGCCUCAUCUCCAGUAUCCAGCACUUCCUCUCCGCAAACGUCCUCUUCCCUUUCUGCCCCCGGCCCCGCCCCCUCGGACAGGAGGUUACUUCGACAGGAAGAGGAAGUGGAAGAGGAAUGUACAAAACGUGGUCAUGAUUGCCGUCGCUACUUCCAUCCCUCAGCAUCCCUCCCCCCCUCGGCAACCGUUGCCGGGACUACUGUAACUGAUGGCCACUGUAAGCCCCCCUCGGACGCCCCGCAGGACCACGGAACAAUGGAUGUAGACAGUGCUGCCUCUGUGGGCGUGGCCAGCGUAGCUCAAACAACUAAUCAUACCCCUGAUGUACAGGUGGAAAUCGAACAAAGGUGGCAUCAGGUGGAAACCACGCCCCUCCGAGAAGAAAAGCAGGUGCCAAUCACCAGUAGCCCUGCCCCCUUCUCCACUGGAGAGAGGAUACCCCCACAGGAGCUCGCUGCACUGUUAGACAAAGAGUUGGGGCAGACGCAGAGGGAGCUGGUUCGGCUGCAGGAGCAGAACAGCCUCCUACAGGAGCAGCUACAGGACGCCCGGGGGCGGGAACACAGCGCCCGCGAGGGAUACGUCCUGCAGAGUGCCACCUCCCCUGGACAGCCUUCAUCGCCAUCCUCCUCUUCCAUCUCCUCCUCCUCUUCUUCCGUACCUCACCAAGUGCCAUGGCAGCGUCUUUCUAAGCUAAACCAGGAACUGAAGACUGAGCUGGAAGCUCAACAGCGAAAGCAAGACCUGGUCAAUCAGCAGGUCACCACCUUAAGGCGGAGCUACAGCGAGGCUCAGGGACUGAUUGGUCAUCAUGAGACCGAGAUCGAGGCCUUGCAGGCUAAGCUCGCCUCUGCCAUGGAGGAAAUCGUUGCCAGCGAACAGGCGGUGGCACGAAUGCGCAGCGAGCUGAAGCUGGAGCAGGAACGUUACCGCGAGCACGAGGAAGAAUGGACUAGCAAUGAAGCAACUUUACGAGCGCAGCUACGAGAUAGCGAGGAACGACUCCGGGACGUAGAAGCCAGUCUGCUGGAGAAGACCCAGGCCUUGAGGCUGCUGGAACGGCAGCAGGCGCUGCAAAGGGACCAGCGUAAGGAAGUGCAAAGGCUGCAGGAGCGACUGACUGAGGUUACUGGUCGCCUCAUUGCCACGGAAGAAGCCCAAGCUUUAAGGGAAGAGCGUGAGAAGAAGGAGCAACGUAGCCUAGAAGAAAAACACGAGCGGGAACGGCAAGGCUUGACCCGUAGGCUUGCCGAAUCUGAGGAAAAGAAGCGUGAGGUUGAAGAGCAGCUUCAGGAGCUGCGAGAACAAGUGGAUGCAUUGCUAAGAGGAAAUGCGGACCGAGUUACCGGGUCAGACGUUAAGCUGGAGGUUCUGCGUCUGCAACAACAGCUAAACGAACAGACCGACACAAUGGAAACCCUGCAGGAAAGUGUCCGGAGGCUGCAGGAAGAGCGGGAUCACCUCAUGUGCCGCUGCCAGGAACUGGUGAACCAGAUUGCUGAGGCAGAUCGGGAGGUGGGAAAACUGCAAGAGCGCCUGAAAACGGAGGAGACGGACUACUAUUCCUUGGAGAGCUCAUACGAGCGAGUCUCGGAGGAGUUCGCAAAGAUCAGCAGAGUCCUGAGAGAGAAGGAGGAAGAGGUUCGACAGACGAAGGAGAUGUACGAGCAGCUGGUGCGGCAGAAAGAGCAGGACCUCAAUGAAGCCUUCAUCAAGAUGGCUGCUUUAGGAAGCAGCCUUGAAGAAACUGAACUCCGUCUACAAGCAAGGGAGGACCUUCUCAAACAGAUGGGAUGUGGGGAAGUGGAGCCCUGUGAGGCGGAGAAAGAGCUGAAGGCCAAGCUGGCAGUGGCGGAGGAUCGAAUUGCCGAACUUGAACAACACCUUGAUGCUCUACGGUUGGGAUAUGCAGACCUUAAGAUGGAACAUGGCAGCUCUCAGGAGAAUGUGCUUGAAACUCUUGAGGAGGAAAUGGAACGAGACGCCUCCUCUUCCAACACCUCCUCCUCAAUGACUCUCACAAGAAGCAGCUCAGAAACGGAAGUUUCACUUGCCAAGCGUCAGAGAAUUCGCUUCUCUAACAUUCAGUGCCAAAAAUACCACCAGUCCCAGGGAGUAGACAGGUUUCAUCUAGAUAGCACUUCCAUGGAUAUAACUCAAGAAAUUAGCGAGGAUCUUAUAUCAGAGACGAGCCAAAAUCUCACAGGGGAUGGAGACAUUAACCAAGUAUUCACCCAGGAUAUCAGUAUAGUCAGCGACAGCUCACUUCAGUAUUGUAGUGACACUGAGAAAUUCAUGUCCAUCAUUCAUGCGCUGGAGACCAAACUUAAGGACACAGAGGAGAAGUUAAGGGAUAUCACAGCAAAGAUACAAAAUCAGCAAGAGCCAUCUGACAACGUGGAGCCUGUGGAGGCAAGAAGUGCCAAUACCUGUGCUGAACCAGAUCUGGAUAUGCCUGAUGGUAAAUUCCUCUCCUGCUUGGAAAGGACUGUCCAAGAUGCACAGGAUAGAAGUUAUACCCACGUAGAGUACAACAAGGCUUUGGCUUUUGUAGAGUCCUGCAGAACAAGGGUUCAGAAGAUUCUCAGCAAUCAUAAUGGUGAUGAUGAUAGCAGUGCAGAUGCACAGGUCCAUGCUCUAGCAGAUAUAGAGAAAGACCUGGUGAGCGCUACGUUUCACAUGAGGCAGGUUGGGGGCACCUCAAUUGAAGUCCCACAAACCUCCGCCAGCACAGAAUCCCAGUCGCAAACAGAUGAGACUACAAUACAGACGUUUUCCAGAAUGUUAGCCUUUGAGGGGAUUGUUUUGGAGAAGAUGGCAAUUUUUCUCGAGGAUCCAAAGUCAGGUCUAAUGCAAAGCCUUAGUGAGAUAAACAGGGAUACAGACAACUUAAAAAAGAGCCACCAAGGCUGCCUUUCAAUCGUUUACAUGGACCUUCUGGUGAGAAAACUCAUGCUAGAAAGCAAACUGGUGGACGAGGUGCAGCAACACUUGUCUCAACAAGCAAGUACCCCUGUUCAAAGAUCAGUUUUGGCUCAGAGUAUUGUCUGCAAUGUCUGUAUUAAUGCUGAACUUGCGUACUCCCUUCAGGACCUAAAACACGCUUACCAAGACAAGUUUGAUGAGCUUCAAAGGGACUUGUUGAAGGUAAACGAGACCUUACAACAAAGGGACACUGUGGUGAGGGAGGCAGUUGGUACUUUAAACACGGCAGGAGUCACGCAAGAAAUUAGCAAUAAGCCUAGUGUUUCUACUGACCCCUUCCUUGCUGAUGUCACUCCUCUUGAACUUGCUCCUUACACAGAGUUGAUUGAGAUGGAAGAAGCUCGUAGUCUUGCUGAAGAGAUUGUAGAAAGACACUUGGCAGGAGCCAUGGAGGCUUUUGAAACAGAUUCAACGUCUUUUCUUCAGACUGGGCGAAAGAGUCUUAUCGAAGAGCUAAAGACACAAGCAAAGGUUCUCCACCAUUUGUCCCAGCAAGUUGAUAAGACCUUUAAGGAAGGUAGCGGCACGGUCCACUCUGCACUAGCAGGUGGAAUCCAAGGGCUUUUAGGGAACAAAGAUUCCAGAGUCUUAACAUGUAGUGCUCUCUGCAUGCAUGAGGCUCUGAUUCAAGCACAGGUAGCUUAUAUCGCCUGUCGACUGCGAGCAGAUCACCAGAGAGAGCUCUUGCUUUGCCAGGAAACCAGUCGCAGUAUGGCUACCUUGGUGCAGGAGCAUGCCCAGAGUGUAGCAGCCAUCCACCAGCGCUACCAGAGUAGCCUGGAAGAAGAGCGACUCAGCUUCUCCAACACCGUAAGCUCCCUGCAAGAGGAAAACGGGACCCUGCGAGAGGAGACGGCACUACGGCUGCAGGAGCUUAAGGACCAGCGAGAGCGGCUAGCGCAACUCGAUGAAGCUUUCCGCAGAGAGAGCGAAGAUCUCAAGAGAAGACAUUCAGAGGAACUCAGUCAAGUAGAGCAGGAAAGAGCUGCCAGUGAGGUCGCCCUGACUGAAAGUGCUGCAGAAAGCCAGCGGAAGCUCGAUGCCCUGCUGCAGCAGAUGGAGGGAACAGAGUUGAGGCACGAGGAGCAUGUCCACCGACUGGAGCAGGAGUUCAGAGGAAGGAUUCAGGAGCUCGAGAGCACACACAAAGAGGAAAUCCAGAAGUUACACGACCGUUAUAGCCAGACUAUACGCACUUUGGGGGAGAAGUUUGAACAUCUUGAGGAGGAUGUUCGCCAACCUAACGCAGAAGAGGUGCAAGAGUCCUGCCCUAUGGAAGAAGGGGAAGGGCCUGAGCAGGAAAUUAGCAGGGACUCGAUGUCGGUGCUGAGAGACCGGGUGCAGGAGUUGGAGCAACAGAUGAGUAGCAUGCGUGAUGAACUGGAGAACAAGCCCCCAGAAGGGGAUGUGGUCAGCCUGAGAGAAAAGUACCAGCGGGACUUUGACAGCCUCAAGGAGACGUGCGAGCGAGGCUUUGUGGCGAUGGAGGAGACUCAUCAGAAGGUGAUUGAGGAUCUUCAUCGGCAGCAUCAGAGAGAGAUCAACAAGCUGCUGGAGGAGAGAGAGAGGCUGCUGGAGGAGGAGACUAACGCCACCAUCGCUGCGAUUGAGGCGAUGAAGAACGCUCACCGGGAGGAGCUGGAGAAAUCACAGCGAGCCCAACUGAGUGGAGUCAGUGCUGACAUCGAGCAGCUGCGCAUGCAGUACGAGGAGGAGCUUCAGUCGAUUCAUCGUGAGUUGGAGGUGUUAUCUGAACAGUAUUCUCAGAAGUGUUUGGAGAACGCUCACCUGGCUCAGGCUCUGGAGGCGGAGAGACAAGCACUGCAGCAGUGCCAGAGAGAAAACCAGCAGCUACACACACACAACCAGGAGCUGAAUAAUCGUCUGACGGUGGAGAUCACGCGCAUGCGCUCCUGUUUAAGUGGAGAUAAAGCGGUCUCUCCUCUAACACAGGGCAAAGACCUGUACGAACUAGAGGUGCUGCUGCGGAUAAAGGAGUCAGAGAUUCAGUAUCUUAAACAGGAAAUCAACUCUCUGAAGGACGAGCUUCAGUCUGCACUACGGGAUAAGAAGUAUGCGUGUGAUAAGUAUAAGGAUAUCUACACUGAGCUGAGUAUCGUCAGGGCUAAAGCUGAUUGUGAUAUCAGUAAGCUGAGGGAGAAGCUGCUCGCCGCCACGGAGGCGCUGGGAGACCGAGACGCAGACGGGGGCGCUGUUACCCCCGGAUACGAUAUCAUGAAGUCUAAGAGUAAUCCUGACUUCCUGAAGAAAGAGCGCUCUGCUGUCUCCAGGCCGGUCCGGGGGGUCCGAUCCAAGGUGAGGAUUUCUCUUACAGGUUCCCUCACCUGUCCUACUGAUCAUUUACCUGUAACAGAGUCUGAAAGAAGGAUUGACGGUUCAGGAGCGAAUGAAGCUGUUUGAAGCGAAACACUCGAGAAAAAUCUGAUCUGAAACACACACACACACACACACAAAUACACAAACUGACACACAACAGUGACGUAACACACAAAUGCUAAAACACAAACUUUAUCUGAUCUGUGGCUUCAGGUUUUAAAUCUUUGACUCAUCUUUUCUUCUUUUUUUACACUAAAAAUCUAAAUGAUAUCUGCACCCAGAAGGAAGCGAUGGAUUGUAAUUCUAUUCAGAAUUCCACACAUUGUCUAUAAUCAGGGAUUAUAGAUCUGAAGACGCAGCAGCUGAACAUGGUUUAGUAUCUGCAGUGAGUUUAAGACUGGCGACGUUAAUGUGGAGUUUAAAGCAGAACUCUGGUUGUAUUUAUUAAAACGUGAUAAAAAGUUCUUACUUUGUUGAAUAGCUCUCCUCCGCUCUCCUGCAGCUUUCUGACAUCCAGUAUUUUCUGCACUUAGCCCAAACAGGCUUUAGAAUAGAAUAAGUGAUAUGGGGCAUAUUUUACCCUGCAGAUAAAUCACUUUUUACACCGUUAUUCAGCUCAAAGUAGCUCCACACUUCACUGGAGGAAUCUGGAGAGUCCUGAUAUAUAAAACGAGGCGUUAAGAGCUUUAAAACCACACAAAAAAGUUUAUUAAAAAUCUUUUUAAAAUUUACUAUAAGUCAACCGUCGAGCACAAAAGAAUAGUAAUUUUUUUUAGUUAGUUCUUUGCAUUCUAAAAUCAACAGUAACCAGAUAUUUUAUAUAUUUUCAGCUGAAAUUCAUGCAUUUCCAAGGAAUUCAUUAAUUUUGUAAUCUGAUCAACUCAAAUCCUACCUAUUCGUUCUUCUGCUCGACGGUUGAUUCAUUGUGGCUUAAAUUAAAGAUGGUGGCACCGGAGGUUUACCUACACUAUGGGAUGUAAACAGUGUUUUUUAAUAAUCUUCUUGUUCAGUUUUAAAGCUCUAAAUGCCUCGUUUUAAAUAUCAGGACUCUCCGGAUUCUACCAAUGAAGUGUGGAGCUACUUUGAGAUGAAUAACGGUGUAAAAAGUGAUUUAUCUGCAGGGUAAAAUAAUAUGCCCCAUUUCAAUCAUUGACUGGAUGUCAGAAAGCUGCAGGAGAGCGGAGGAGAGCUAUUAAACAAAGGUUAGUACAUUUAAUCACGUUUUACUAAGGACAGGGUAAUAAUGGUCUGAUCUGCCUGCAUGUAGUCCUGCGUCGUGCAGCCGUCUGCCAACGGUGCUGGCACUAACAGCAUGACUCAUAGAGGACAUCACUGCUCGCUGAAUGUCUGUAAUCAUAUCAGCUCAUGUCGAACAAGCUGUGGGUCCUCCCCUCUCUGUGAUUAUUGUAUCACCCUGAUCCUUAAUGUUGCAUUUACCUUUGUGUAAUGUUCAUAUAACCGAUACCACAAUACUGCAAAGCGCAAUACUAUCGCGAAGAGAGCGCUUAAAAAUGAUGAGUUUCUCUGAUUUUACCAAAUUGAAAACCUCUGGAAUAUAAUCAAGAGGAAGAUGCUUGAAUUUUUGCACCAGGAGUAAAGCAGCAUAAAGUUAUCCAAAAGCAGUGUGUAAGACUGGUGGAGGAGAACAUGAUGCCAAGAUGCAUAAAAAAACUGUGAUUAAAAACCAGGGUUAUUCCACCAAAUAUUGAUUAUUUCUGAACUCUUAAAACUUUAUGAAUAUGAACUUGUUUUCUUUGCAUUAUUUGAGGUCUGAAAGCUCUGCGUCUUUUUUGUUAUUUCAGUCAUUUCUCAUUUUCUGUAAAUAAAUCCUCUAAAUGAGAAUAUUUUUAUUUGGAAUUUGGGAGAAAUGUUGUCUGUAGUUUAUAGAAUAAAACAACAAUGUUCAUUUUACUCAAACAUAAACCUAUAAAUAGCAAAAUCAGAGAAACUGAUUCAGAAACUGGAGUGCUCUUUUUACAUGAAUCACAUGACCGGCCGAGCUAAAACUUCCCACCAAGUUUCUUUCCUGUCAGUUGAUUCCUUCUGGGUGCAGCUAUACUUUUAUUUUAAGAUAAAGUGUAGAUUUAUCCUUAUUUCUAAACUGUAUCUCUCUCUCUCUCUCUCUCAGUGGUGUAUAGAGUGAAGUGUACGUGGUGUUGUGGAGGUGGUUCGACUGUAAUUUUGAAUUAAUUCUUUAGAUUUUGUUAAACUGUUCUGUUUAAAACUGAAGGGAAUCUCAGUGUUUUUGGUUUCUUUAGCUUCCUUAAACCUGCAGAGUUUCAACUGUGUGUGUAUUUAUUAAAUCAUUAUAUGUAAUAUACAGUAUUACAUAAGACCACAUCACCAUCUCAGCUGUGUGUGUGUACGCUCAGUACUGUGCAAAAGUCUUAAGCUCUAUCUGGAUGGGAUUAUUUUCUAAGGGGUUCGUCUGUGUAAAAUAUUUAUCGCUUCUUCUCAGUGAUAAAACUCCUGCAUCCGGACUGCAAUUGUAAAAACAGGAGGACCAGUGAGUUUUGAGGCUUUUUUUCCUCAGUCACAUGACAUUGUGGCGUUCAGUAGCUCCUCCAUUUCCACUCACUGUUGUGUAAACUGUAAUUACGGUGGGCGGCAGUGGACAAAUAGCUAUUUUAUUAAAGGCGAGGAGACGAAACUCAGAGAUGUGCGUCCGGACGGGACUAAAAUUACCGGAGGAGCACGGAGUUCAGAGAAAAACAGUUGAUAAUUCAGCCUGUAAUUUUCUCAGAGGACGUCUGAGAAAAACACCUACAUGAUUGUUCUGGACAGGAAUAAAAUCACAGAGGAUAAAAAAACCCAUAAAAGAGAAAAUUACCCAGAACCCCCUGAGAAACUAAUCCCAUCCAGAUAGGGCUUUAGCCCACAUAACACCUUUGUAGAUAAAGUAUUUUUUUUAUUACUGGGUCAGGUGAUUAAGAUGAUUUAAGGUGAGUCGUACAAAUCGUGUAAACAAGUGUGAACACCCGGCUCUACAGCAACUAGAAACACAACUAUAGCAAUAAAUGUAUGAAUAUCUGCACUUUUAACCCACGAAUAUUAAACACUUUACUAUUUUCCAUUCAGUUACAUUCAGUAAAUAGUGUUGUAUUAUAACGUACAGCAGCGUCUCUGUAGAGGAUGAGACUCAGAACUCAUCCUAAACCUGCUCAAAUUCACCAGUAUCUCUCGUUAUCAGAGAGCUGUAAUUGUUUUUUUUUUACCAAAACUGGUGAAAUUAUCCAAAUAUUAUUUUGCUUCAAAUUUAAAAAAUAUUUGCACCGUAUAUAAUAACCCUUCAUAUGAGCAAAAUCAUUUGCAUGACUUCUCAAAGUAGCAAAGCAAACUCUUAUCUCAGUUAUUUCUUACAGUUACCAUAUAUUCUGAUAAAUUCAAUGAUCUGCAUUAUCUGAUUUCCCUCACAGAAAUCUCCUUUAUUUAUUAAAAAAAAAAAUAUAUAUAUAUAUAUUAGAACAGAACUACUAUAUAAAUAUAUUAUUACGUAUAUAUGAUUACAUGCGUAAACAUGUCUAUAAUAGCUUAUAUUAAUAUUCCCACAUAAGAAAUUAAUAUACGGUAUAUUAAAAUAGAGACGGACUGACUGAUGGGAUAAAUACUGUUCACUGUUUUAUGGCUGAGACUUUUGCACAUAACUAUAGAAGUGUGUGUGUGUGUGUGUGUGUGUGUGUAUGUGUGUGUGUGUGUGUGUGUGCGUGCAUUAAAUAGAGGCAUUUAACAACUGCUGUAUUGUGUGUGUGAGAGUGUGUGUGAUGUUUUGCGAUGAGUGUAAGAGGUUAAUGUCAGACAGAGCUGUAAUUUUGCUAAUUAUAUUGUAAAUAAGAGUGAAGGUGUGUGUGUGGGGGGGGGGGGAUACGAACAGAGUUUUUAUUCUACUGUUUUUAUGGAGUUUAAACAGGUUUGGCUUUUAAACAGUAAAUGUGAGAGUAUGUUUACAGUGUGUGUGUGGUAGAGUGUGUGUGUGUGUGUGUUUCACUGGUUGCUACAUUAAAUUUACUUGAUUAUUAGUUUUUUUGUUGUUUUUUAUUUAUUUUUAUUUUUUUUUUUAGUUCUUUGGUUGUUUUUUGUUUUUUAAUUGUUUGUUAUUUUUGUUUUUUUUGGUUGUUUUAUGUUUUUUUUGUUGUUUUUUUAUUGUUUUUGGUUGUUUUAUGUUUUUUUUGUUGGGUUUUUUAUUGUUUUUGGUUGUUUUGUGUUUUUUUGUGUGUUUUUUUAUUGUUUUUUUUAAUGUCAGAUUAGAUUUGUUUAACUUUUUGGUCGUUUUUUAUUAUUAUUAUUAUUUUUCCGCAGCUGGAUUGAACCCAUGCUAGCCUGGCCUCAGCUGUCAGUCAGAGGGCUGUAAAGGAUCUGAUUGGCUACUGAUGUGUAGAAGCUUUUCAGAGCUGAUGUGCCAGCGAGGGGGGCGUGGCUUUCUCCUCUAAUAAUAAUAAUAAUAACCCUUUUAUCUCUCUGUCUGUUUUAGUUGUGUUUUUCUAAGCAGUGCUGUUUAGGGCGGAGCUGCUUUUGGAGGGGGCGGGGCUUCGUUAGUGCAGUUGUUUUUAAUCCUGAUUAAAGCGAAUUAGUAAAGCACACUUUCAGCUCUGCGCCGUUAAAACGUCACUGUAUAGUUCAGAACUCAGCGGCUUGUAUAUAUUUGUUUCACAGAGGUUUUGUUUAAUGUUUUAAAGAAAUCUAUAUCUUACUCACUAGCUCUAUAUGGAAAAGUCUAUAUACAUAUAAAUAUAUAUAUGAAUAUUUUUUAUUUUGGCCUGAAUGUGGAACGUCUUCAAUAAAAGUUUCUGAAAUCUA